GGGACCUGUCACUUUGGAGAAUGUCCGAUCCACAAGAUUAAAGUUGGAAGUUGCUUUGGGUUCCGCUCCUGCUGCAAAUAG